AUGUUUGGAUGGUCAAAUAGUUCAAUAAAAAAUGUAUCAAAAUGUGCUUCAUAUUGGAGAAAUUAUAAAGAUGAAAAAGGAGAAAAAAAAUUUCACAUUCUUUAUUACGUUGCACCUAUUUUUCCUUAUUUUUAUUAUCCUUUAUCAGCUGAAAAUUUAACUGAAAGUUUUAUUCCAUUUCUACAAGAAUUUGGUGUUUUAUCAUCUUCUUCUUUGGCUUCGAAUGAGAAGAAACCUUUAGUUAUUGCACAUGCAUUUUCAAAUGGUGGAACAAUGGGAAUGGUUGCAUUAAUAAAUGCUUGUAAAAAACACAAUUUCAAUUUGAGUUAUGACGCAGUAAUACUUGAUUCUGGACCUGGAACUACUGGAGUAUUUGGGCUUUACAAAGUUUAUACCGUUGCUGAAACUAAUUUAUUAAAGAAAAUUUUAAUUUUCAUAAUUGUGGAAAUUUUACUUUUCUUUGGUUAUCCAAUUUUGUUAAUUUUAAGUUUUAUCAAAAAAAAGAAAUUGUUUAUUAAUUAUAUUGCUGAUUCACUUCUCAACAACAACAACAAUAAUAAAAUAAAAGUCGAGGAAGGAAGGAAUAAGGACACAAUAGCAAGAAUAGGUACAGCAUGCCCAAGACUUUUUAUUUAUUCCAAAGCUGAUAAAUUGAUUCCUUACAAGAAAAUAGAAGAUAUAAUUGAAAAAAGUAAAAGAUCGGGAUUCAAGACUACGACUUUAAGAUUUGAAGAUAGUGAACAUGUUAGACAUUGGUUAACUCAUAAGCAAGAAUAUGAAAAAACUCUAGAUGAUUUUUUAAUCAAUAAUAAUUUAUUACUUGAGAAAUAA